GUAGAGCAGCGAUCACACUUCAUCGUCAACCCGCUCUGGAACACCGAGCCCAAUUGAGGACUAGGAACAUACCAUACAUACACAAGGUCUAUGCCAUUCUUGUCACCUGAUGGUGGAUGUCUCCGCACCUUGGCACAUGUAGGCUAUGUGGGGAGUGACAGACAGAAAAGAUCCAGACACGACCAUGGCCAGAGUAUUGGGACUUCUGCUCUUCCUGUCAGCUCUCUGCUGCUCCCUAGCGGACAAAAUUGAGCUUCGUCGCACGAAGAGAGGCACACGCUACUAUAAAGCGCGUUGUGUGGAUGGCCAGUCAGCUGCGGUGCGUGGUUAUGGGGAUACAUGGAUGAGAUGGAGGGGACAGCGUGCGGAGUACUGCCGCUGUGCAUCACAAGGACAAGAGCGCUGUCACUAUGUGCCCGUCAUCACCUGCUAUCAGUCAAGGUGCUACAACGGGGGAACCUGUAAGGAGGCGGUCUACUCCUCUGACUAUCUGUGCCAGUGUCCACCAGGCUUCACAGGAGCCCAGUGUGAGAUCAACACCAAUGAGAAGUGUGUGGUGGGCCAGGGUAAAGGCUAUCGUGGUACGUGGAGUACCAGUCGGAUCGGCUCAGAAUGUAUCAACUGGAACUCUACAAACCUCAGAGGGAAGAAGUUCACCGCCAAGAGACCAGAGGCUAACAGCCUAGGGCUGGGCAACCACAACUUCUGCAGGAAUCCAGACAAUGAUACUAAGCCAUGGUGUUAUGUCUACAAGGGAACCCAGAUAGCCUGGGAGUUCUGUACUCUCUCCAGCUGCCCAGCAGACCAGAGCCCAGUGGAGUGUGUGCAGGGCUCAGGGCAGACGUACAGGGGGACGGCGGCCGUCACUAAGAGGGGCUCCAGCUGUCUUCCCUGGGACUCACCACUCAUCACCCGCAAGUUCUACAACGCAUGGAGGUCUGACACCAGACAGCUGGGGCUGGGGAGUCACAACUUCUGCAGGAACCCAGACGGUGAUCUCGGCCCCUGGUGUCACGUCUACAGGAACAUGAAGCUGACCUGGGAACUCUGCGACAUCACCAAAUGCCCGAGGAGACCAACCACCAUUACUACUCUAGGCCCCAAGGCUCCCACCAGCAACAACAACAACAGAGGUACCUGUGGCCAGCGUGCUGACAACAAUCGGAGUCUCCCCUCCUUCCGUAUCCUGGGAGGAGCCCGGGAGAGUGACAUCACAGAGCAGCCGUGGCAGGCAGCCAUCAACGUGUACCGGCCCAGAAACAAGGCACACUUAUUCCUGUGUGGAGGGGUCCUUAUAGACUCCUGCUGGGUCCUCUCUGCUGCACACUGCUUCGAGGACGGGUUUAAACCAGAGCGGCUGCAGGUGGUUCUAGGCAGGACGUUUCGUAAGAACUCCUCCAGCAGUGAGCAGAUCUUUGAGGUGGAGAAGUACUGGAGCCACGAGAAAUACAACAAGGAAACCUUUGACAACGACAUUGUCUUGAUGAAGCUGAAGAGUGAUAUUGGCCUGUGUGCUGUGAACUCGCCGGAGGUCCUACCCGCCUGUCUGCCUGACCCAGGCCUGGUACUGCCCGACUGGACCGAGUGUGAGAUCUCCGGCUACGGCAAAGAGAAGGAGUUUGAUGCGAUGUACUCUGAGCGGGUGAAGAGGGGUCACGUGAGGUUGUGGCCUCAGGACCGCUGUGUCCCUAAUGUCUUAUCUGGACGUCUGGUCACCUCCAACAUGCUGUGUGCCGGGGACACCCGUGGUCUGGACGACGCCUGCAAGGGGGACUCUGGCGGUCCUCUUGUCUGUCCCAAGGAUGGGAGGAUGACUCUGAUGGGGCUGAUCAGCUGGGGAGAUGGCUGUGGGAAGAAAGACACGCCCGGGGUGUACACACGUGUUACACAAUACACUGACUGGAUCAGCAGCAAGAAACAGGAAACUAGCCAGUAAACAAACGCACAUACACUCACCUGGAGAGAACUUGUGAGAGAAUUCAUCUUACUCCGUCAUCAGAGAAUUCAUCAGACUCCUGUCCAUCAAUCGCAAUGAAUGCCUUAACCGAGGAAUGGACAACCACUUAACGCAUAAAAGGAACCUCUAGUACUCCAGUACAUUCUGUGUAAGCAUUGUUUAACUCUUUGUGCCUCCAAAGUGAAUAGACUACUACUCAAUCCAGCUCAGUGCCUUCCAGCUGAUUCCUGUUCUACCCAGAGCUAUAACGUUAUAUCUCCAUAUGCAGCUCACAGAAUGUUGGACAUUUACUUUGCACACAAGGUUCCAUAGGAAUGUAUAUAGCCACUCCAAUUAACAUUUUCCAGUUCAUUUAGAGUUAAUUUUACAUUGGUGGCUUGCUGUCUGAAUGUUGCCAUGUUACAUCAGUGCAUAUGUUACCCUACAACACCAUAACAUUAACCACAAGACAAUCUGCUGGAUCUGAGUCAAUGUAAGACAGCGGCUGCAUUCCAAACUGAAAACUCAACCCCAUCGCUCCGCACAUGUUGACUCCCUCAGCCCCUAACUGUUCUGUUUGGAACUUAUGGGUCUAAGCAAUAAGGGGGGGGGGCAUGAACGAAGGGAUUGAGUUGUCAAAUUGGAACAUAGCCAGAGCCUGAAUACAGCCACCAUUAUCUGUCUCCAUUCCAUAAGCGUUGGGUUGAGCCCAGCGAUCAGCAUGUACAGUAUUUUAAUGUUGGUUUUAUGUUCAAAGGGAAUGGGAGGUGUUUGCAAUGACUGGAAGUUUGUACUGUAUCUAACAAAAGCUAUUUGCCUGCAAAGCCCUUGGACUCCACCUCCCUCCCAUAGUACAGUAUUUGGUUAUGUUUGAGUGGGUGUUCAUAUUAUGUAUCUCAUAAACAUACACCCUCUCAAGGAGAGUAAUGUUUUAUUUUAUUUUACUGGUGUGUAUUAAGUUAAUAUUUAUGUCUGUUUCUAUUACUAUUUUUUCUACUGUAAUAGUUUAUGCAGUUUUUUUUAGUAGCUCAAUGUGUAGAGUUUUGGAAACGUUGUUUAUGUUUAUCAUAACCUUUUUCUAAGAAAGACACACCUAUCUUUUAAAAUAAAAAACAUUUAAGUGAA